AUGCUUGAAACUACGUUAAGAGAAGAAAAAUUUUGCAAAAUAUGUCAUGAAUCAUCAUCAUCAUCACAGACAUUAUCUCCAACGCAACCAUCUAUAAAUUCUACGAAUUCAUCAUUUAAGUCAUCAUUUUGGUCAAACCUUUUUGCAAAAAAGCACAAAGAAAAGAAUAAAUUAAUUUCGCCGUGUAGAUGUAAAGGUUCAUUGCAAUAUGUACAUUUGGAAUGUUUGAAUAAAUGGCGUAAAUCAAACACAAGAAGUGAUUCGGCGUAUCAAUAUACAAGUAUGGGCGGUCCUUUAGGUUGUUCUUGUUGCGUUGGUCCAAGAGGUGUCGGUGGUAGUAGCACCUUUUUGGAUUUUUCUAUUAGGAAUAUUUGGAAUUUUAUUGAUAAGUUACUUGAUAAUCAAAAACAUAAAUAA